CCGGCGGGUUAACAGUCACAUUGCUAUCUCCCCACACCGUGUACCCAUUCACUGCUAGGAGAACAGACGCAUAAGUCACUCUCCCAAGGAGUCACCACAUGUACCGAGCUUCAUUGUGGGACUGGACCAAAGCUCUAGCAACUCUCACGGGUGAAGCUGUAAACACGCAAAGAAGACGAGCGACAUACAGUAGGAUGAUAUAUAUUCACCGACCUUAGAGCUUGGGAUAAAACAUUCCUUCCCAGUAUACAUUAACGUUUGGCGUGAUCUUGUAGUGAUUACUCCUAUACCGAACUGCUACCCUGCAACAUGUUUAUACAAGUUGAGCCAAGUGAUGAUUCUAGGGACAAUACCAGUGAUCCUAAAGACAAUACCAAUCAGAAGUCCAAGUUCACAGCCUCUCUCUUCCAGUAUGUUCGAACAGUGUUUUGCUUAGGGGGAAUGUUCUGUGGAGAAGGUAACAACACGAGAAGGUGGAAGAAGAAGGUUGCCCUACUCAUUUUUGUUGUAUACCUAGUACACAUUCCACUGUAUUCUAUCGCAAUAUACGAUCGCUUCACGAAAUCAGAAAACACAACGGGACUCAUUGGUUUUCUAAUGAUAUGCGUAGCCGACAUCUACCUCAGCUUUGUGGGUUUGGUCAAAAUGCCAAAAGCCCUGAUGGAUUUUGAACAGGUGUUCAACCUGUAUAAGGAAAAGUACAAAUCGAAUUUUGUUACCUCUAACAGAUUAAAAAGGCUUAGAAUAAUGAUUGCACUCACAUUGGUAAAUAGUGUGGUGUUUGGUCCAGUUCAAAUGUUCCUUUACAGACACAACAAGGCUAUUCUAUGUGACGUGUAUCCUUCGUGUAAUCUCCCUGACAACUGGAAAUACUUUGGAUUCACUUUAAAUGCCAUUUUUAGCUUUAUGGGACAUAUACAAUGGCAAGGACACUUUCUCGUAUGUGUGAUUUUCACCACCUUUCUGCUACAGGAAUUCGAGGCUCUUGCUAAGAAGUUCAAGGAUUUAUCCAUAUCCAGUGUCGAGAAUAUAGAAAAGGAAUUCGAAGUUCUUGUUGAGCAUCACGAAUGCUUAGUGGAUGUGUUGAAUGGGACGAAUGACUGCAUGUGUCACUACAGCUUUGUUAUAAUAUUUUUAGCUGUACCCACAAACUGUCUGUUUCUGUAUCAUGCCAUGUCUAAAUCGUUGACAGAACCGGAACUGAUUUUCUUGUGUUGUAUUGUAACGAUGGCACUUACAUUUGUCGGCGUUAAAGUGUUCCUUGAAGCGUUUGUCAGUUCAAAGGCUCAUGAUCCCCUGAGAUAUAUAUGGAAAGUGAGGAAAGGGAUUAUUUCUGAAAGAGGACGACAAACUCUUGAUCUGUUCGUGACCAGACUUACUGGGGAAACUAUCGGCUACAACGUCUACGGCCUCCUCUCCAUCACUAUGCCAACACUACUUGGGAUUGUAGGGACUCUGGCAACGUAUAUCAUCGUGGUUGUACAGUUCAGACCGACAGACGCUCCUCUGUGUCAUCCAACCCUGGUGAGGAACGUCACGGACUGAGGCACACCAUCUGUACGAUGAGGAUUUGGUUUAUUGUGCCACAUGACUUAAGCAAAGGCCU